UUUUUUUUUUUAGAAUGUAUUCUGCUUCUUCAACGCCAUCUAGAACUCCUUCAAAAGCAGUAGUUUAUAAAGAUGAUACUAAAAAUUCAAAUAUUUUUUUCAUAUCAAGAGUGAACUUUAAUUAUGAAACAGUCCGACAUAAAAAUAAAUUAUUUGAAGACGAAUUUAUCGAUUAUAUUAAUAAUACAAAAGAUAGUUUAACAUUAAAAAAACAACAAUGGCAAAGUACUUUUUCAGAAGAUAAGGGAACAAAAUCUCAACUAAUAGAACAAGUCAAAUUAGCUGAGAAAAAACAAAAAGAUGAUCUUGCAAUAAAGGAAAAAGAGAAAAGGGAUAUUAGCAAGUUACAAACAGAAAUUUCAGAAAAGAAGUACAAAAAAGAAAUGAUAAAAGAAUGUAUCAACACUUGGAAGAAUCAAAUCGAGAAUGUGAAAAAAGAUAUUCAAAAGCGACGUGAUGCCAAUAUGGCAAAGCAACAAGCAUUACAACUUCAACUUUCAAAAAAUGAGCCAGAGUUAAAACGCUAUGCGGAUAAAUUAGCCUUCGCAAUGGUUGGAUUGAGAGAAAAUGUUAUAACUUUUUCUUUUACAUGCAUAUAUGAGAAAGAUUUGUCGCGUCCAUGCAAAUUCACGAUUCAAUUAGGAGAAGAACGGCACUCUAUAUAUAAAAUUCUAGAAUGUAGUCCACCGAUAGAACAUUUGGAUGAAAUAUUGUCACAAUUAAAUACCAAUCGUAACUUCUUUACGUUUUUAAAGAAAAUGAGGCAAGCUUUUUAUAGAUACGCUCAAAAUGAUAAAUGACAAUAAUUAGAGAAGUUUUUAAUAGAUUUAAUUUUAUUUGAGAAUAAGAUGUCCAUUCUUAUACACUUAUGUUCUUUCAAUCCAAUCAUUAAAUGAGAAUUAUGGUAGCAACGUCUUAAAAUAUGUCGGUUAUAGAUGAUUGCUAAUAGAAUGUAUAAAAGUUAUAUCGCAUAACAUUAGAUAUUUGGAGGUAUAUUAACAAUUAUACAACAUUAUCACAGUUUAUAGGAGUUUCUAACAACGAACAACAUUUAAGUUAGUAUUUCUUUUUAAAGGUAAACUGGCUUUACCACUUAUUGUAAAAAGCACAUAGUGACUAUAAAGAUGUUCAAUAAUAUUAAGUAUAAAGUAUUAACUCCACAUAACCUUAAUUU